AUGAGUCAAGCUGAAAUCCGAGCCCAGAAGCAACGCGAGCAAAAUGAGCGCCGGCUUUCAGUUCAACGCAACAACGCAUAUUUCUCUAUUCGGUCCCAGAGUGACAGCGAAAGCGCAAAGCCCAAUCCAUCGACCACCCUCAAACCCCCUCAAGAUUCAGGUCAGCGGACUUGUCCUCCAAACUUACCAUUGACGACUCCGAUGUCUUGGAGUGUAGAGUGCGCUUCACCUGUGCCGUAUCACAUUUCACGCCCAACGCUUACAUCAAAUUCGGUAAGCGAUAACAUAUCCCCAAAUAUAGCGGCAACAACAACUAGUACAGUGACAUGUUUUACUGCCUCUAUCGCGCCAAAAACAACAACAAACACACCGGUACCUGCCGACUGCACAGCGGUGUCAACAGCCCGGCCUAUUCUUGCUGCGCAAGCACAAAUUAACUUGAGUGCAAGCACUGGCAACAAAGGUAAAGCGCAAGAAAAGUUGAAAAACGAAACAACUAAAAAUGCGGCCAUACAGACUGGAAUGGGCCGCUAUGUUACAAUAAAAAUAAAACUUAGUCCGCAAAAUUCAACGGGCAGUAAGACAAAAAUAAACCGCCUUACCUCAACUCAGCAAGUCAGUACGAAUAGAUUUGCACUGCUAAGUGACAAUGCCGAUGAUGUGAAUAGCCAAAUUUCUGAAGGUGCUGCAAAAGCUACUAAUGCCAAACCUCCGCCCAUUUUUAUAAGAGAAGAGAAUCCAAGCGCUCUUGUAAAAAAAUUCACACAGCUAAUCGGUAGUAAUAAGUUUCAUAUUAUCCCACUAUCUAAGGGAAAUAUUCGCGAAACUAAAGUACAAAUUUAUUCCGAACAGGAUUUUCGAACAGUGUCCAAAUACCUGAAUGACACAAACACAAAAUUUUAUACAUACCAACUUAAAAGUGCAAAAGGUCUACAAAUUGUAAUUAAAGGUAUCGAACCAAGCGUUGAAGCUGUGGAAGUUUUGGAAGCACUCAAAGAACAAGGUUUCAAUCCAAAAGCUGCUGUGAAUAUUUUUAAUAGGAACUAA